AUGAUAGAACCGAAAACAAUAGGCCUAGGGGUCCUACUCGCCGCUAACUCGACACAGGCCCAAGCAAAGAUUGAGCUUGCCAAAGAUGAGCUGUGUCAACUCCAUGAGCGCCUCGUCAAGCUGCAUCCGAUGGCCGAGCCCCCGGCACUAUUCGAAUUCCUCGACCUCGACGCAUACGGUCCGCAUUUCCACCCCCCGGAAGUAAGCCUCCAUCCCGAAAGCAAGGGCUACGAAGAGGCCAAGAGGUUUAUAGUACAGAAGGCGAGCGAGAAGGCUUCGCUGUGGUACGAGGAGCAAAACUUGAUGUGGGGCAUGGAGAGUGAGAGGGUGAACAAAGGGGGGGUGUCGUCGGCGCAGAGCAGGCGCGCGGCCUUUAUUUCAGCGGUUGCGGAAGCGCUUUACGAUGACGACAAGCGAGGCGUGUACAUCAAGAAGUUUCUUCCCAUUCUCACGAGCUAUAGGUGGAAUGUCCCGUGGGUGGGUAAAUGGGGCCGCCGAGAGUGGAACGACGAAACAGAAGGCCGGAUGAAGAACUUGGCCGUGUUUUGCAAAUGGAAUUCUCGAGCCUGA